GGCGCAUGCGCAGAUCGGGGAAGGUGCUGGAAGACGGCAGAGCUGCCGCCAUUUUGCGGGAAGAGGAGCCACUCUACCUGCAGUGCUGCUUUUCUUGCCUAGACUCUAGGAACUAUCCGAGCUCCACUCCCCACAACAUACUCAAAGGAACGGAGAGAACCGGGACCCCCCUGCGGGGACCCGGAACUGAUGGAAUCUUGCUCUGUCACCCAGGCUGGAGCACAGUGGCGUGUUCUUGGCUCAUUGCAACCUCCACCUCCUGGGUUCAAGCAGUUCUUAUGCCUCAGCCUUCCAAGCAGCUGGUACUACAGAUCUGACAGGAUGGCAUCUGAUGACUUUGACAUAGUGAUUGAGGCCAUGCUGGAAGCUCCGUAUAAAAAAGAAGAGGAUGAGCAACAAAGGAAAGAAGUUAAAAAGGAUUAUCCUAGCAAUACCAGCAGCAACACCAGCAACAGUGGCAAUGGGACCAGUGGAAGCAGCACCAUCGGGGAGACAAGCAAGAAGAAGAGGAGUCGGAGCCAUAGUAAAAGCAGGGAUAGAAAGCGCAGUCGUAGUCGAGAUCGGGAUCGGUAUAGACGGAGAAAUAGUCGGAGCCGAAGUCGAGGUCGACAGCGUCGUCACCGUAGCCGUAGCUGGGAUCGUCGACAUAGUAGUGAGUCGCGAAGUCGGGACCAUCGUCGUGAGGAUCGUGUGCAUUACAGGAGUCCUCCACUUGCCACUGGUUAUAGGUAUGGACACAGUAAGAGUCCUCAUUUCAGAGAGAAGAGCCCAGUCAGGGAGCCAAUUGAUAAUCUGAGUCCUGAGGAGCGUGAUGCCCGCACAGUUUUCUGUAUGCAGUUAGCUGCCCGAAUUCGGCCUCGAGAUCUGGAGGACUUUUUCUCUGCUGUAGGCAAGGUUCGCGAUGUACGUAUCAUCUCAGAUCGGAACUCACGUCGUUCUAAGGGCAUUGCCUACGUGGAAUUCUGUGAAAUCCAGUCUGUGCCACUGGCCAUUGGGCUGACUGGGCAGCGGUUGCUGGGAGUGCCUAUCAUUGUACAGGCUUCACAGGCAGAGAAGAACCGACUGGCAGCCAUGGCCAACAACCUGCAAAAGGGCAAUGGUGGACCAAUGCGCCUCUAUGUGGGUUCCCUACACUUCAAUAUCACUGAAGACAUGCUCCGGGGCAUCUUUGAGCCCUUUGGUAAAAUUGAUAAUAUUGUCCUGAUGAAGGACUCAGAUACAGGCCGCUCUAAAGGUUAUGGUUUCAUCACGUUCUCUGAUUCUGAGUGUGCCCGGCGGGCCCUGGAACAGUUGAAUGGGUUUGAGCUUGCUGGUCGACCUAUGAGGGUUGGCCAUGUGACUGAGCGACUGGAUGGUGGCACAGACAUCACUUUUCCUGAUGGGGACCAGGAGCUGGAUCUGGGAUCAGCAGGUGGACGUUUGCAGCUCAUGGCAAAACUGGCAGAAGGCGCUGGAAUCCAACUGCCAACCACUGCUACUGCUGCUGCUGCUGCCCAGGCUGCUGCCUUGCAACUGAAUGGAGCAGUUCCCUUGGGGGCCCUGAAUCCAGCAGCUCUGACUGCUCUGAGUCCAGCCCUGAACCUUGCCUCCCAGUGUUUCCAGCUCUCCAGCCUCUUUACCCCCCAGACCAUGUAAAUCAGUGGCACAGUGUACUGCCUCCUUGUGCCUCUGGAUCCUGCCACUUCACAUCUACUCUUCCAUGGCCCCAUUUCUCCAUUUUGUGGACCAAGCCAUCCUGAGGGCAUGGACAUUGUCUCUGAGGAAAUUGGGGCCACCCUUAAGAUACCAAGAAGAGCUCCUGCCCAUGGUCCCACUGGAAAUGGACUCUGCUGAGCAAAGCCGCCAGUUGAAGAGAACAGAAUCCACACCUGCAUUGAAUACCUGUUUCUCCAUGUGUAUCGUCUCUGAGAUUACCUUCUUGCCCUUUCCGACACCUUAGUGAUUCCUCAAUUCCUCCCCCAUUGGGAAGGCCAUAGGGCAUUAUUAACUGAAGGAACUGACCUCUCUCCUUUUCCUGUACCUUUACCCUUUAGUCUGUCAAGGAAAACCCUUAGGACCUCUGAAUCAAGAGGACUGAGUUUGUGGGUGAACCUUGAAGGUGCUCUUUCUGCUACAAGGGCCCUGGGAGAUAGCAUGGAUGUGCAUUGAGAAGCCAGCCUCAGACCUUAUCUUGAAGCAGCUUGAGGCCAGACCUACUGUAGGCUCAGCAUCUUGCUAGGAGGCAUGGAAGUGAUCUAUCCUGCCAGGAGGCCUCAGAGUGAUCUGUCCUGCCAGGAGGCAUGAGAGUGAUCUGUCCUGUGAGGCAUUUAGGGGCUUUCAGGAAUUUAGUAAAAGGUGGAGUAUGCCUUUCCAGUAUCUUCCAUCUUCCUUUGUAUACUUGUCCUUCCUCCCAUUUCCUCCCUUUGGCCCGAGGUAGGAGGAUGGAGGGAGGCUGCUACUCUACCACUUCCUGUGUGCCUCUACUGUGGCCUCAACCCUGGCAAUUAAAGCUACUGCCAUCCCUUACCUGGGCAUGUGUGAGCCCUUCUCACUGGAUUUUAUACCCUUGUGUCUGUGUACAUAAAUAUAUAUACAUAUAUAUAUAUAAACUUUGUACAAAAGGCAAGCCUCCUCCUUGUGGCAGCUGUUGCCCAUUUGUGUGUGGUCUUUGUUGUGUGUCUGACAACUUCUCAUGAGCCCAACUCGUGAUGUUUCUAGGGAUAUAAAACAUUAGUAACAUCA